GGGCCCCGCAUCAACAAAUCCAAAAUCAAUAUUGAGGCGUCUCUUUGAUGAAUUAAUUGUCCCAAAAAUGAAUACCGCAAUAAAUUUAGGCGUCGAAGACAUGACGGCCACGAUCGUAAAAUUCAUGUUGUUCGUGGGAGCCCUAUUUCAAGUCGCUUGUCUCGGUGCCUGCAUUUUCGUCAAGGAAACUCCUAACGACAGCAAUUGGGCCCCCAGAGAAAGCGAAGACGAUAGUUCAACGCAAAGUACCCCACAGAAUACCCCUAGAAGGCCCUACCAUCGUAGCGGCCGGAAGGUUGAAAAGAAAAAACGCCGCUGAAUUUUUUUUUUUCCAAUAAGGCCUGAUUUAUUUAUCUUCAGUUAAACUUGCUGGUAAUUGCAUACCAGACACUAAUAAUUUAUCAGAAGGCGAAUAAAUUGCUUCUAAGGUUGCAACAAUUAAUACUCAUAGUAAAUGUGUUUUAGGUUUUUAUUUUUUACAAUACUUAUUACAGUAUUAAUAUAAUAAUAUGUAUUUUAUCGGAACAGUAGUCUACGUCCUACAUAUAAAGUAUUUCAGUAAAUAUACAAUAUUAUAUUUAUUGUAACAUUUACAAUAUAAAUUAAAUAUAAACAUAAAGUUAAUAAUUAAAUUGCAUUUUUUAAUACAUACAUACAAAUUUGCCCAAUCAAAUCAUAUCCAAUUGAUUUCACCUUAUGUAUGCUAGAAAAAAUGGGAAUUUUCUUAAAAUUAAAUAUGAGUCAAAGAAGGAGAGUAGUUGGGCAAUAAUUUUGAAUACACUUUGUUUUUUUUUAUAGGGCUACAAUUAUUAUUAUUAGAGGAGGAUUACAAUAAAAAAUAUUAAAUUCAACUGCUCGUUCUUUGACUCGGCCCCACAAUAGUUUUUUUCUUUUUAAAACCGAAAAAAAAAAAAAAAUGAAAUGAAACUAAUGAGGUAAAUAUAAAAGAUCACCCGUAGGCGGGGUAUCACAGCCCCACUUGUCAGUUGGAUUAGCACUUGUAACUCUAGUCCAGUCUUCUAUUUUUACCCUGUACAUUAGGUGUCGAGCUUACUGUUGUUGAGACCAUUGCUUCUUUGGAGGACGAGACGAAUU